CCAGUGGGCUCGUGAAUGCUGCUGUUCAGGUGGGGCUGCAUGGCUAUAGUAGCUGGGCUUUUAUUAUUGUUUUCUGGAGACAAGGUCUGUGUGAGAAGAAUUGUGGAAUUUUCCCUUGGCGUUACUGUGAGUAUGCAAGCUGCAAGAUGUCCUACAGAUGAAUUAUCUUUAACCAAUUGUGCAGUUGUGAAUGAAAAAGAUUUCCAGCCUGGCCAGCACGUGGUUGUGAGGACAUCUCCCAACCACAGGUAUACCUUUACACUGAGGACCCAUCCAUCAGUGGUUCCAGGGAGCAUUGCAUUCAGCUUACCUCAGCGAAAAUGGGCUGGACUUUCUAUUGGACAAGAAAUAGAAGUGUUCUUAUAUACAUUUGACAAGGCCAAACAGUGUAUUGGCACAAUGACGAUGGAGAUUGAUUUCCUGCAGAAAAAAAGCAUCGACUCCAACCCUUAUGAUACUGACAAGAUGGCAGCAGAAUUUAUUCAGCAGUUCAACAACCAGGCAUUCUCAGUGGGACAACAGCUUGUAUUUAGUUUCAAUGAAAAGCUUUUUGGCUUACUGGUAAAGGAUAUUGAAGCCAUGGAUCCUAGCAUCCUAAAGGGAGAGGCUGCUACAGGUAAAAGACAGAAGAUUGAAGUAGGACUGGUUGUUGGAAACAGUCAAGUUGCAUUUGAAAAAGCAGAAAAUUCAUCACUCAGUCUUAUUGGCAAAGCUAAAACCAAGGAAAAUCGCCAGUCUAUCAUCAAUCCUGACUGGAACUUUGAAAAAAUGGGAAUAGGAGGUCUGGACAAGGAAUUUUCAGAUAUUUUUCGACGAGCGUUUGCUUCCCGAGUAUUUCCUCCAGAGAUUGUGGAGCAGAUGGGUUGCAAACAUGUUAAAGGCAUCCUGUUAUAUGGGCCCCCGGGUUGUGGUAAGACUCUCUUGGCUCGACAGAUUGGCAAGAUGUUAAAUGCAAGAGAGCCCAAAGUGGUCAAUGGACCAGAAAUCCUUAACAAAUAUGUGGGAGAAUCAGAGGCUAACAUUCGUAAACUCUUUGCUGAUGCUGAAGAGGAGCAAAGGAGGCUUGGUGCUAACAGUGGUUUGCACAUCAUCAUUUUUGAUGAAAUUGAUGCCAUCUGCAAGCAGAGAGGGAGCAUGGCUGGUAGCACAGGAGUUCAUGACACUGUCGUCAACCAAUUGCUCUCCAAAAUUGAUGGGGUAGAGCAACUGAACAACAUCUUAGUCAUUGGAAUGACCAACAGACCAGAUCUGAUAGAUGAGGCUCUCCUUCGACCUGGAAGACUGGAAGUUAAAAUGGAGAUCGGCUUACCAGAUGAGAAGGGUCGACUACAAAUCCUUCACAUACACACAGCAAGAAUGAGAGGACAUCAGUUACUCUCUGCUGAUGUAGACAUUAAAGAACUGGCUGUAGAGACCAAGAAUUUCAGCGGUGCUGAACUAGAGGGUCUUGUGCGAGCAGCACAAUCCACUGCUAUGAACAGACACAUAAAGGCCAGUACUAAAGUAGAAGUGGACAUGGAGAAAGCAGAGAGCCUACAGGUGACAAGGGGAGACUUCCUUGCUUCUUUGGAGAAUGAUAUCAAACCAGCUUUUGGCACAAAUCAAGAGGAUUAUGCAAGUUACAUUAUGAAUGGUAUCAUCAAAUGGGGUGAUCCAGUUACUCGAGUUCUAGAAGAUGGGGAGCUGCUGGUUCAGCAGACUAAAAACAGUGACCGCACACCAUUGGUUAGCGUCCUUUUGGAAGGCCCUCCUCAUAGUGGGAAGACUGCUUUAGCUGCAAAGAUUGCAGAGGAAUCCAACUUCCCCUUCAUCAAGAUCUGUUCUCCUGAUAAGAUGAUUGGCUUUUCUGAGACAGCCAAGUGUCAGGCCAUGAAGAAGAUUUUUGAUGAUGCAUACAAAUCCCAGCUCAGUUGUGUGGUGGUGGAUGACAUUGAGAGACUGCUUGAUUAUGUCCCCAUUGGCCCUCGAUUUUCUAAUCUGGUAUUACAGGCCCUUCUUGUGUUACUGAAAAAGGCACCUCCUCAGGGCCGCAAGCUUCUUAUUAUUGGGACCACUAGCCGCAAAGAUGUCCUUCAGGAGAUGGAAAUGCUUAAUGCUUUCAGCACUACUAUCCACGUGCCCAACAUUGCCACAGGAGAGCAGCUAUUGGAGGCUUUGGAGCUUUUGGGCAACUUCAAAGAUAAGGAACGUACCACAAUUGCACAGCAAGUCAAAGGAAGGAAGGUCUGGAUAGGAAUCAAGAAGUUACUAAUGUUGAUCGAGAUGUCCCUACAGAUGGAUCCUGAAUACCGUGUGAGAAAAUUCUUGGCCCUCUUAAGAGAAGAAGGAGCGUCUGAGAGACCAAGCAAGGAAAUUGGUUGCACUGUUGGUUUGCUCUCCCUGUCCUGCUUCGCAAAACUUCCUUGUCACAAUGCAGGAAAAAACUCGAUGCUCCCUUGACUUUGAAAAUGGACUACUUGCAAACAUACAGUGACCAAGGUGAAGAUGGCCUGGGAUCUUCACUCAGUUUACCCAAGAUACUGGACACAGAAAUGUUGCUACCUUCAACAUGUGCUCACUCUGCAUGAUUAGUGCAAUCAACUCCCUUGUGCUUAUUAAGAUAUGCUACUUUUUGUGGAAGGCACAAAUUUGCUUUAGAAUGCUGUGCUUACCUUUCCGUGCAAGCUAAGGUGAUUCCUUCUUCCUCGGUCUUUAGUGUGGGAGCUAUACUGUAAUUGUGAACACUACACAUUGUGAGCUCCUUACCACCACCACCUCCCCACCCCAAAACUCAAUGAAUGUGAUGAUAUUGCAAGACACUUGGCCCCUUAGAAGGAAGACUUUCUAUCUGUAAAGCAGGAACAGUGACCAGAUGUAUGGGUUUGAAGCAAGUAUUUUACAGCUUCCCUGUGCUCACACUAAAGGCAUUUGGUUAAAUCAGAUAUUUGGUUAUAAGUUCUCUUAGGAAGUUUGUUGUUACCUUUGCCUGAAGAAGCAGGGCUUGAAUUUCCAAGAUGCUGUUCUCAAUCAUUUUUAGAGAUGUUUCCAAGUUGCAAUCAGGUGCUCUUUCUUAAUAGAAAGUCAGAUGACUGCUAUGUUGGCUAUGACAUUUCCGUAAUGGUACUAAUGUGCUUUGUGGUAAAAGAUAAUGCUAAGCAUUGCAUUUGGUAACUGUUGUUAAAGUCUUGUGAAAAAUACAUGUGGAAAAAGUGUACACCCUUAAACUCCUUUCUGUUUAUAAACCUCUCAGCACUAAUUAGUGUCCAACCCUAAAUGGGUCAAUUCCUUAGUAUAUUAAAGGCUUAUUUGUAUACCCACUUUUCAUUUUCCUUAGCUUAAUGACUUACUUAGAAUUUAUCCUUCAUUUUAAGUUAUCUAUACUAUCUAACAUCUGAAGAAAACACUAUUCUCCUGAACAAACCAAUUCUAGCCCUCUCCUUUCAGUCUUUUAACAUCCAUUCUAAUACAUUUAACACAUUUUCUUUACUCUACACACUUCUUCGAAAGGGAAGGAGAGUAGGUGGUUUGUCUUAUACCUGAGUUAGAAGGAGUUUAAUUAGGUCAUCAUGUUUGUGAUGAGACUUAGGGAGCAUGCCACUGUCUCCCCACUGCUGCUUAAAAUGCAGGGACCAGCAUUCAGAGGCCAUCUGAAGGUGCUUAGCACCUCCCGGGAGGCUUGUUGCCAUAGUGCCACUGGGGUGUAGCUCUGGCAUUUGUCCCUCUGGUGGAAGGCACAUUAUCUCCAGAUCUUGCUAUCUGUAUAUUUUUGGUAGACUUGUAUGUCAUAUCUACUUUCUUUUGGGUUUUCAUCCCCAGCUUAUUUUGUGGCAUUUUAAAAAGUGGGUUGUAUUGUGAAAUUCUGUGAUUCCUGGUGGGCAGUAUCCUGGAUUCCCUUAUCCGUUUUAGAUCUCCUUUCUCUUCCCAUGGAAUCAGCAUAGGUCGUGUUAACUUAUGUCUCUUGUUAAAUGAGGUUAAUGUCUUUGUUUUGUCCAAAACUAUAUUGAAAAAUAGAAAUAUUAUAUUGUUUUAAUGCAAAUGAAGGAAUGAAUAAAGAGUACAUAUACUUGAAAA